UGUACCCCCCCCUUCUUGGGGCAGACUUAAUUCACUUCCGCCCCCUCCCCUCCACAUUCCUGACCUCUCACUCCCCCCCCCCCCCCCCCCCCUUAAGUUCUGGGACUUUUCAGCUUUGCUUGGUUUUGGCCAAAAGCACAAAAAAGGCGUUUUCGGAAGCGGCUCGGCCGUGCACCCGGGCCAUUUGUUUGUUUUGGGACCCGGGGCAGGAAAUCGAGCCCGGCUUGAGUCACGGCGGCUCCUUCAGGGAAGCGCCGCGCUCCGCGCUCGCCCGUCGCCCUCGCCCGCCCGUCGCGCGCCCCAGGUCCGCGGAGCCAUGGGGGAGAUGCAGGGCGCGCUGGCCCGGGCUCGGCUCGAGUCCCUGCUCCGGCCCCGCCACAAGAAGCGGGCCGAGGCGCAGAAAAGGAGCGAGUCCGUCCUCCUGAGCGGACUGGCUUUCAUGAAACAGAGAAGGAUGGGCUUGAACGACUUUAUUCAGAAGAUUGCCAACAACUCCUAUGCUUGCAAACACCCUGAAGUUCAGUCCAUUUUGAAAAUCUCCCAGCCUCAGGAGCCUGAACUUAUGAAUGCCAACCCUUCUCCACCGCCAAGUCCUUCUCAGCAAAUCAACCUUGGCCCAUCAUCCAAUCCCCAUGCCAAACCAUCCGACUUCCACUUCUUGAAAGUGAUUGGAAAGGGCAGCUUUGGCAAGGUUCUUCUAGCAAGGCAUAAGGCCGAAGAAGUGUUCUAUGCAGUCAAAGUUUUGCAGAAGAAGGCGAUCCUGAAAAAGAAGGAGGAGAAGCAUAUUAUGUCCGAGCGGAAUGUUCUCUUGAAGAAUGUGAAACACCCUUUCUUGGUGGGCCUUCAUUUCUCCUUCCAAACUGCCGACAAACUGUACUUUGUCCUAGACUACAUUAAUGGUGGAGAGCUCUUCUACCACCUCCAGAGGGAGCGCUGCUUCCUGGAACCGCGGGCUCGAUUCUAUGCUGCUGAAAUAGCCAGUGCCUUGGGUUACCUGCACUCUCUGAACAUUGUGUAUAGAGACUUAAAACCAGAGAACAUUCUGCUAGAUUCACAGGGACAUAUUGUCCUUACUGACUUUGGACUUUGCAAAGAGAACAUUGAACACAAUGGCACAACAUCCACAUUCUGCGGCACACCUGAGUAUCUCGCCCCUGAAGUGCUUCAUAAGCAGCCAUAUGACAGGACAGUGGACUGGUGGUGCCUGGGGGCUGUCUUGUACGAGAUGCUAUAUGGCCUGCCUCCUUUCUACAGCCGAAACACAGCAGAGAUGUACGACAACAUUCUGAACAAACCGCUCCAGUUGAAACCAAAUAUCACGAAUUCCGCCAGACAUCUUCUGGAGGGUCUUCUGCAGAAGGACAGGACGAAGAGACUCGGUGCCCAGAAUGACUUUAUGGAGAUUAAGAAUCACAUCUUCUUCUCGCUCAUUAACUGGGAUGAUCUCAUUAAUAAGAAGAUUACUCCCCCUUUUAACCCAAAUGUGAGUGGACCCAGUGACCUGCGGCACUUUGACCCCGAGUUCACCGAGGAGCCGGUCCCCAGCUCCAUCGGCAGAACCCCAGAUAGCAUCCUCAUCACAGCUAGUGUCAAGGAGGCUGCCGAGGCCUUCCUGGGCUUUUCCUACGCUCCGCCAGUGGAUUCCUUCCUCUGAUCGGCCUCGGGGGUGGACUGGAAGGAUCUUGACCUGCGUUUUUCAAUGUUUCAGUUAGCCUUUGGGCAGCACUGCCAGCUGACAGGACAUCUUAAAAGAGAAUUUGCACAUGUCUGGAGGUUAGGCAGUCCUUGUUGCAGUUUGCUGGAAGCUUUUUCAAGAGCACAUCUUCUCGGUGAGCUCCUGAGCUGUUUGGCUUUCACUCUUCCAACAUGGUGCUAUAUUGGAAGUGAGCAUUCGAAGGCCGCCUUAGACAGGUGCAGUAGUUUGAUGGGAAGGAAGACGCCCGUCUAAGGUCUGUUGGGCAGUGAUAAGGAAUAUUCUGCAAUGUGCCUUUUCUGAUGAGAUCGUGUUAGCUCCAAAGCUUUUCCUAUUGUGUAUUUCAGUUUUGUUUUUUUCCCCUUGUGGACUGACUGUGUGAACAGGAGUGUGAGUGUGGUAUGCCUGAUCACACACAGAUGGGUUUUGUUAUAAACAAGUAUCAAUGUGACACUUGCAGGACACUACUACAAUGUGGGACAUUGUUUGUUUCUUCCAUAUGUGGAAGAUUUAUGUGUAGACUGUUCUUUUUUUUUGUAAUAUAUACUUAAUAACUAAAACUUAUUGAAAUGGUCUUGCGUUGACUUGUAUUCAGAUGCUUAAAGAAAGCAUUGCUGCUACAAAUAUUUCUAUUUUUAGAAAGGGUUUUUAUGGACCAAUGCCCAGUUGUCGGUCAAAGCCGUGGUGUUUUCAUUGUUAAAAUGGGCAUUAUUUAUAGGUGUUUUUUUUUUUGCAUUCCUGAUAAUUGUAUGUAUUGUAAAGAAAUUGUGUAUAUUGAGUUAUAUAACACUAGUAUAUUUAAACUUACAGGCUUAUGUGUAAUGUCACCCUCCAUUUUAAUGUACUGUAAUUAACAUGGUUAUAAAGUGUAAAUUCCCUCCCUACCACACAACUUUUUUUGUGUGUGAUAAACCAAUUUGGGUUUGCAAUAAAAAAAAACCUUGAAAAAUA